AUGCAUUUGAUUCAUUAUAUGCUCUACUCUCUGCUUCCAUUAGCCUUGGCAUUGGGAGGACAACCUGAAACUCCCCGGGACUUUAUCAACUCCGCACUCGAUAUUCCCGAGAGCAAGAACCUCCCGUUAUCGCUGAAGAAGCCGUAUUGUCCAGGUCGUCCAGCCGGCAAGAAGGCCCAGAGCCAGAUAUUCGCGAAAUUCAUCGAUAUUUUGUAUGGCGAAAAAAAUGUGUCCAAAGCUUUCGAAGGUUACGUCGAUCUUAAGAUCAUUGAACAUGAUCCUGACGACCCGCAAGACCGCGCCGCUAUUAUUGAAAGACUGAAUCAUAUCAUCCCUUAUGCAAACACCACAAUUCUGUUUUCAAGCUUUGGCGAUGACAUUGGCCUGGUCUAUUUGAAGGUUGAAGAUAACCCCGAGCCGCUCGCUCUUGCGGAUAUCUAUCGAAUGGAUGGUACUUGCAUCGUUGAGCACUGGGAUGUCCAACAGUCCAGGCCGGCGAAUACGACAAAUCCACUUGCCAUGUUUUAA